AUGAUUUCACAGUGUUGCACCAGGGCCCAACCAAAGGGUUUUUCUGCUGGUUUUCUCUUACGAGCUUUUUCCUCAGCCACCAAAGCAGCCGCAGGACACUCCAAGUGGCAAAAUAUCCGCCACGACAAGGCCAAAAAUGACGCCAAAAAGGCCCGAGAAGCCUACUCUUUGGCCACAAGAAUCCAAGCUUCGGUCAAAACUGGCGGUGUUGAUGGCAACGCACAGUUGGCUACGCUCAUGGAGAAGGCACGGAAGCUCAACGUAACAAAAAAAAUUAUCGAAAAUGCCAUAAAACGAGGAACUGGAGAACUUUCCGUCGACGAAGGUUCGGCCGAUGUAACCUAUGAAUUUGUUGGUCCUGGUGGAGCUGCGUUCAUCAUUGAGGCUUGCACGGACAAUAAGAACCGAACUGUGGGGUUGGUGAAGCAUGCCAUGUCGAAAUUUUCAGCGAGUAUGAGUCCAUGUCAAUACCUUUUCGAGCGCAAAGGAACGGUGAUAUUUGAGCCAUUGAGUAGCACCGAAACCAUUGAUGACGUUUUGGAGGUUGCUAUCGAUGUGGGGGCUGAGGACGUGGAGGUUUUUGAUGACGUUGAUGACGAAUAUGGAGGAGAAAGUCUCUUUAGAGUGAUUACAGAUGCUCAAGAUGUGUUUGCAGUUUCGAAUCUGCUCUCGGAAAAAGGUUACAAACUUCGAGAUUCCAAGACCCAGUUUCUUCCCGUGGGCGAUAAUGUGGUGGAGGUGCCCAGUGACCACGAAAAGCUGUAUGGAAAAGCCAUGGACUUGUUGGACGAGGUGAGCGAGAUCACCAACAUUUACACGAAUGUUAAGGUGAAGCGAGAGCAGUGA